AUGGUUGAUACUCCUUCCGUUCAGUUCCUUGGAUAUGUGACACCUUAACUUUCAUCCCAUUACACAAUUUUUGAGGAAAAGGAUAAUGUGCUCAUCUACCUCAAUUACUUUGAGAUCGAUAAUUAGAUGCUAAUUCUGCUGUCUCCCUGUCCAAUCGAAUAUAGUCAAUAAAGUUUCAUAGUAUUUAGCUCCACAAUCCGUCCUCGAUACAGAGUUUCUCAGAAACUCAUGGUGUCUCUGGACUAAUUUAAAUCGAUAGUGAGCUUCAACAUUCUGCUAUUUGGGGAUUUAUACUUAACAAACAAAACACAAUUCCAGCCUUUCAAUGCUCGAAACUUUUAGACUUUUAUAAGUCCCAAUCCUUUGCCAUAAAUUAAUAUUUUGGUGGUUCCUGGAGUUUACAGUAUUCACUUUGAUCAGAUAUACGAAUUCCUGGAAAGCAAAUUAGCGUAAAAAAAUGAAUAGAUUUAACCUCAACCUAAAUUUGAUAUUCUUGUUUACACUACAAAUCCUUACAGAGUGUGCAACAUUCAAUACUAAUUUGAUAAAACUACUUAAUUAAUCGAUUAUUUCUUUUAUUUGAUUGACAACCAAAUCUAUACCGACAUAAACGAGAUUCAAUAGUAAUUCAUGUUGGAAGACAUUAAAGGCACGCUAUUCGAUUUCUUGUAAGGUAAAAAUUACCCAAAUUCCACACCCAAUAUUCAAUCCAUUCGAAAGAACUUCACUUACAAUGCUUAGGACACUAAAUUCUAUAUAUUGCAACAAAUCAAAGGCUUCAAUUAGAUUCAUUAAAAUGCUGAUUUUGUGAAGAUAUUCUGUCAAAAUUGUGAAGAUGGAAACAAAUGUACUUUGUUAUCCUCUUAGAAUCAAUAGAUUUAUUUCGCUGGGUAAAGUUCACUAUUUAAAUAUCCUCUAUCUGUCAAAUUUUUGGAUUUAGUUUCUAGGACAUUUUCGCAAUUGAUUUGCCAGUUAUUUCUGAUAACAAAUGCAUAGAAUGCCACUUAUAAAAUCAAUAGAUUGGCCAACCUUGAUAGAGUUGAAGAAGCUAUUUCCUGUCCUUCAUUCAAUUCUCAAAGAAAUUAUCAAAAUUUAGAAAUGCUUGGUGACGUUGUAAUUAAGUAUUUAACAUCUGCAAUGUUAUUUGAAGACUCUAAGUACAAAACUGAAAACACUCUGUCCUCAGCAAGAGUUCGUUUAAUCACUAAUAAACACUUAAGCUCAAUUUAUGGAAAUCUCAAAUUGAAUGCAAUGAAUUUUAAAAUUAACUCCAAGAAACUUCUAAAUCACAUGAUGAUGAUUAUCAAUGAACAUGAGGAUUCCAAACUAUCUCAAAAACAAUAAGCAGAUAUAUAUGAAGCCUUAUGCGGAGCCUGUUACAUUAAAAAUUAUUAAUUCAAAGAUUUGAUGGAUUUUUUUAAAUUAACAAAGUUAGAAUUUUAAGGCACUGUUCCACAAUACUAUAAAGGAAACCCUCUUAUUGAUUUCUCCAUUAUCUCUCAGGAUCCAGGUAAGGAUAAUGAUUAUCCUUUAAAAAAAUAAAUUUUAAAAAGGCCUUUCUCUGAAACUGUAAAAUUUGACCAACCUUUUGAGGAAUUUUAAGAUUAUCUAGGAUGCAAAUUGAAUUUGAUUGCCGAAGCUAUGACUGUCGAUUAAUUUGAAAGAUUAGAGUUCUUUGGAGAUGCAAUCCUUGAAUUAUUGGUUAUUGUGAAUGUCCAUAAGGAAUGUGAAAAACUAUACUACAAUCCUAGAUAACAAUAAUUAUGUCGAGAAGGCAAAAUUACUUAAAAAUUGUUACUUUGUCCAGGGAUGUUGCAUACAGCUAAAAUAUCUUUACUUGACAGUGGAUUUAUGGGUACAAUGGCUAUCUACCAUAAUUUCCAUUAGUAUGCGAGAAACCUUCCAAAGGAGAUUUAAAAUAGUAUAAAAAAAGCCUUAGCAUUAUUAAGACAGGAUCAAUUUACUGAUUUUAGGAGAAUCAAUUAAUAUUCAUAGUAGAUUCCAAAAAUCAUGAGUGAUCUAUGGGAGAGUGUGGCAGCUUGUAUUUUAGUGGAGUAUGGAUGGGAAAAGGUGAUUGAAAUCUAUGGAGAAAUGUACAAACCCUAUAUCAAAUAUUUUGUUGAUAACAUAUCUUUGAUUUACGACUUUUGUCAAAGCACUGGAAAUUUAAAAUAAUGA